GAUCUACUCAGCCUCUUAUCUGAUGGGUGCCUAUUGGUAAUGUAGUUGGACUUUGAAGUAAACUACUCACAUAUAGUUCCAUACAUUUAGCCUUGAUCUUAUUUGUGGAUUGUUUGUCCAUUCUGAAUGCUGGAAUUUAGGCCUGUAAUAUACAUUAAAAUAGUUUAAAUUUAGUAAUUGAAAAUGAGAUGGUUGUAGCUGAGCAUUUUUCAAAGGUACAUGAAACAUUGUUAGUAUAAUGGGAUCACUUGAAGAUCAUUAGUGAUGGACACCAUUUGAAAAGUUUGCAGUAUCUGUGAAAUUUACCAUAAGAUAGGAUGUUGGUCAUAUGCAGUGAGCACAGGCUUUAUCUCUGCAAUAUGGUGGGUGAGAUUGUGGUAAUACAGAGGGCCAUCUGGCAGGUGGCUGUGUUAGCAGUAGUGGUGGUAGUAAGGUUAUGUAAUUUUGCUAGUAGGUAGCUGCCAACUACAGAAUAAAAUGUAGUUUCACUUCAUUGCUAAUCUGAAAGGGGAAAACAUUUUGUUUUUACAACCAUAGAUAUAUAUAUAGUUUUGACAGAAAAAGAUACAGCGCAGUGACUUACAAGGCGCGCUGCGUGUUGCAUCAUAAGACGGCCAGUGUCUGUCUGUAGUUCUGUGUAUGUGGUGAAAGGGACAGGCGAACUCUUCAGAGCCAACGUCACCCGAUCAUGAUGGAGAAUUUGAGGUUCUCGCAGCGGAGAGGUGGCCCUUCAUCGACUUACAUGGCAGAAGGUCUGGGUGCUUCCACCACCAUCAGAAGGCACAGAUGUAAAGGGGAUGGCUUGGAGACCUGAUGGCAAAGUAAUUGCUAUAGCCUACAGCAACAGUGAUAUUUUGCUGAUUGAUGUUGAGAACAAGGAAACUCUGCAUACAAACCAUGUUGAUGGGGAGAUCACAUGUAUUAAUUGGGUCCAGGAGAAAGAUCCAAGGGAUCCAAAGUCUGGUCUCCUCCAUAAACAGAAAGAUACUGCGAAGAAAUAUACAACACAGGACAGUACGAACAACUACUUGUCUACAGUGUUUUUUAUGCCACGUUGCUUUGGGUCCAUGAACAAGUGCAUUGAGGAGAACUCAGAAGAUGCAAAAAAGAUAAAAGAGCAGACUCAUAUAAAUAUAUUGUUAGUUGGAGUAAACACUGGGAAAUUGUAUCUAAGCAUAUUUGGAUUGUUUCCUUGUGGAGUGGUUGAUAUGAAUAGCCAUAUUGGCGGACACUUGUGUAGUAUUCUAGAUGCAGAUGUAUCUGAUGACUUGAAUGUGUUAUUUAUUGUACUUUCAUGUUGGAAAGCAGGGGAUGAGGAGAGAGAAGGGGGAAAAGAGAUCUACCUUGUUUUGUUUGACACUCCUGUAUUAGCAGUUCAUUCCCCAGAGCUUCAUGCUUUAGCUCUGAAACAUGGCCAUAUUGUUAGUUUUCUUGGCAAUCUGUCUCAAACCAUGUGUUCAAUCACAGAGGCUUGGGAGAACAUUUUGUUAGAGAUGGAUUCCAAACUUGCUUCAUAUGCAGCUACAGUUCCUGAAGGGUCAGUGUCUGCAGACUUCUUGGAUCUUCUGAUGUUUGGGAUACCAUCAGAUGAGCUUGAGAUGUUCUUGCUGCAGGAUCUAACUGAAAAAGGACUUAAGAAGCUUGGUCACUCCAUUGAACUGAGCUACUCAAACAUUCAAAAGCUUGUUCUGAAUCAUUUACACUCAUUGGGUCAGAGUUUAGCAUAUCACUUGGCUGAAUUGCGAGGCAUGGCUCGCCGCACUGAUCGAUAUCAGAUGUUGGGUUUACAGGAGGAAACGGUAACCAAAUCACUAACAGCUGCAGGUGCCUUCCUUGUGAAAGCAGCAGAAGUACAGCAUGUUAUUGAUAACUCAAUGAAAAACUACAAGGUCUUCUUCCGGUGGUUGUAUGUUGUGAUUCUGCGUCUGACUGAUGAGCGUGUGCCAGCAGAAAUAAUCAAAAUGACACAACAGGAUUUGGCUUUUAUAGGAGAUUUCUUAUACAACUUUGAUGGUGUGAGUGCAAAACAGGAGGAUGAGAGUGUUCCAAGUGGAAGUUCUCGUAAACCAAGAUUUAAUUUGGAAAAACUUGGUCAGUACUUAGUUGACCAAGAGCUGAUAAUUCCUCCUGAUACUGAUAACAAUCCAUGGAAAAAGUUCCUCCAGGAAAAUAGCAUGCUUGCAAAUCAUCCAUCAAUAAUUCCCCAUUUUAGAAAAAUGUCUUUGGUGCAACAACAUAAUCACCUGAAGAAAGCAAUUGAUGAUGUAUUCAGUCAGCCAGAAACCUCCAUAGGUGAACUGUUUAAAGUGUCCAACAUUAUAAAAUGUUUGAACAUACCUGAGACAGGAGAACCAAGGGUUAACCACAUUAAUGUCGUGGAUGAUCGGAAGCUUCUGUUAGCUUUUUUGGAUUCUGCCUCUCCAGCAGAAGAGUUUUACCUUCUGGAAAUACCAAUUGACAAACCCUUAAUAUCAGAGGAGGGAGCAGAAGCCAGAUGUGUUAAUUUAUACUUUAACCCCCUGACAUUAAGAGGCGGAGAGGGUAGGAGGGUUGAUGAAUCGUCCUGGUCUUCACCAAUGAAGGUAUUGGAUGUUCAGUUCUAUUUGCAAGAUGUUAUGUCAGUUCUCCUUGAGCAGAAUGGAGAAAGCCGGGGUGCAGUAUUUGUCCAGUUUCCUGUGAGAGUUGCCCUGGAAGCCGCAAUGUCAGUUUCUCUCCCAGCUGUACAAAAUGGGGACCAGACAACUUAUAUCCUGAGUCGUGCUCCUCGAGUUGAAGCCAGUGUGCUACUGGAUUCUGGAGCACUUCGACCUGUGGAAAAUAUGGUGGCUUCAAGGUUUGCUGUGAGUGGCACCCGAAAGGUGGCAGUUGUUCUAUCUGAAAGUCGUCGUAAGGUCAGGCUGUUUGAAAUGGAGGUUGAGGAAGAAGAGGAGGAUGAUGAAGCAAUGGAUGCAUCAGCACCAAAUCUACGAGAUAGUGACACAAGCGUUCUUGAUGUUAGCAAAAGUUUGGAUGGAGAUGAAGCCGAAUGGCCCAAAAGAGAGAAAGGGGUGGAAGAAGUUGCUGGGAAUAAUGAAUAGAACAUAUUAUGAGUAAGAAUUAGAAACUUAUAAUCAAUGCAAGCUUCAUUCCACAGUUACAGAAAAUAUGUAUUUUUAAUGUCUUAUAAAAUGUGAUUAAACUGUAGCAUUAAGAUAUUCUGUUGUAUACUACAAAGGAAAACAUGUGUUUGCAAAUAUAUUUCUAAUGUGUUCUGUUGUAUCUAAUUUGCUUAUUAUAUUUAAUGUAUUUCCAAUUCUUAAAUGAUUUGAUUGACCUCACAAUCUUAAAUUUAAUCUUUAAAACAUAAAGGUGUACAGUUUGCUUAUAUCACUUUUGCAGCCAAAGAAUUUGGGAUGCAGAUUAUGUUUGUAACAAUAUAUGGUAUCUGAAAUUAA